UGCUAUUCACUUUAAUGCAAAUUUGUCCCGCAAAACAAAAUUAAAUAAAGAUGGCACACCAAUGAUCAAGAUAUCAUAUCCAAAGUUUAAAGGGGGUGAAGCCACAGUUCGAGAUAUAAAAGAAAAACAAAACUUUGAUUAUGUUGAUGAGAUCUACCAGACAUAUGUGAGAGCAUCUCAAAAUGGCAGUCUUAAGAUAGCUUAUGAACAGCUGAAUAAGAUGGCACCUGCUCCCAUGAACACCAUGCUUGAAAAAGAGAGAAGAGAAAUAGCUGUGAUGAAGAGAAAUGCCAGAAAAACCAUUGUUGUUGAAGAUAUGCCUCCAACAACACCAGUUUCAGUAGUCCUUACUCAAGAAAAGGCAGCAAAGGGUGGCAAAUCAUCUGCCAACAGAGCAAAACCAAGGUGUUCUGUCUGCAGAAAUUUAAUGGCAGGACAUAGCAAAAUAAAGGACUGUCAUUUGGAUUAA